UGCAGGUUAGUUCGAAACUUUUGUUAAGCCUUGUCCUGUAAAAACUUUGCCUACUCCCUACCCUCUUCCGUAUUUUUUUUUAAAACAGAAUAUCUGCGUUCCAACUGUUGGACGAAAGGGUGUUCUAGUAGUCGACUCCUGGUCAACUUUCACACACGACAACAUCAUGAAGUCUGUGCCAGAAGAAACCGAGUUAAAAAUUCAACAGAUACCGCCAAGCACAACUGGUAUGAUUCAACCAUGGGACGUAUACGGCUUCAGAAUAUACAAAAACUUUGUCAAGCAAAUAAGCGAUUUCAUUUUGUUACACGAUAUUGAUAUAGUUUUGCACCAGCGAGACGAAUGUAUAAAGCUACAAUCCCUAGUCUAUAACCAACUUUGCUCCCCACGCUAUACUAGCUUAUUCAAAUAUAGCUGGUUCAAGAGUGGUUAUGUGACAGAGCGCCCAGAGAGAUUUCUCAAUCCUGUUGCCUUCUCCUUCCGGGACGAUGAGAUAGUUUGCGAACUUUGCGACGAUGUACGGAUGUUGCGCUGUGGUUGGUGUCGGUUAAAUCUAUGUUUUAAUCACUUCUGGAAGUUAAAUCACCUCUGCAAUAGAUUUGUUGCUUAACGAUUAUUCUAUUAUUUUUUUUGUUAGAGAGCUGCCUAGCAGAAAUGUAUUUUGUUUGGUAUCGGAUGAAUCUGUUUUAGUAAUUUUUGU